GCCACACAAAGGGACGGGGGGUGGGGAGCCAGCUACUCAGCCAACCCCCCGCCGGAGGAAGGGACAGGGAUGGGGAUAGGGAUGGAGGCGGUGCGUGUAGCUCCAGUGCUCUAGGGGCGCAUGAGCGAGGCGCGCACAAGGCUAGAGGGACACAGACACGUGGGAUCUGCUCCUCUCACCACGGGAGGCAGCCGGCCGCCUGAGCACGGAGUCCUUGCCCCGGCCGGCAGCCAGCUCCGGGUCCCGCAGGGCUGUUUCUGAAUCGCAGUCCUGCAAGAAGAAAAUCAUUUUGUUUUAAGUUGAACAUUUGUCUCUAGCAAAAGACAACAGCUAUGCCAGUGCUGUCGGAAGAUUCAGGAUUGCAUGAGACUUUGGCCCUGUUGACAUCUCAACUAAGACCUGAUUCAAAUCACAAAGAAGAAAUGGGAUUCCUUAGAGAUGUCUUCAGUGAAAAAAGUCUGAGUUAUCUAAUGAAGAUUCAUGAAAAGCUCCGCCAUUAUGAAAGACAGAGUCCAACCCCUGUUUUACAUAGUGCAGCAGCUUUAGCUGAGGAUGUAAUUGAAGAAUUGCAGACUACACCAGUGAAUAAUGAAGAAAAAGAGCUGCUUCAGCUAUUGUCAACACCACAUCUUAGGGCAAUGCUUGUAGUACAUGAUACUGUGGCCCAGAAGAACUUUGACCCGGUCCUUCCCCCUCUGCCAGACAAUAUUGAUGAUGAUUUUGAUGAAGAAUCAGUUAAAAUUGUUCGUCUAGUGAAGAAUAAAGAGCCUUUGGGUGCCACCAUCAGAAGGGAUGAGAAUACGGGGGCUGUGAUUGUAGCAAGAAUCAUGAGAGGUGGUGCAGCUGACCGCAGUGGUCUUGUCCAUGUUGGAGAUGAGCUAAAAGAAGUCAAUGGGAUUGCUGUGCUUCACAAACGACCAGAAGAAAUUAGUCAGAUUUUGGCUCAGUCUCAGGGAUCAAUAACAUUAAAAAUAAUUCCAGCCAUCAGAGAAGAAGAUUGUCUGAAGGACAGCAAGGUAUUUAUGAGGGCGCUCUUCUGCUAUAAUCCAAAAGAGGACAAAGCCAUUCCCUGUCAGGAGGCAGGGUUGCCGUUUAAGAGGAGACACAUCUUAGAAGUUGUGAGCCAGGAUGAUCCAACAUGGUGGCAAGCAAAGCGUGUUGGUGAUACCAACCUCAGGGCAGGAUUGAUCCCUUCAAAACAGUUCCAAGAAAGGCGUUUGAAUUAUAGAAGAACUAUAGGCACUCUGCAAAACUCCAAAACUGUAAAGAAGCCAUUAUAUGAUCAGUCUUCUGAGAAAGAAGAUUGUGACUGUGAGGGAUAUUUCAAUGGACAAUAUAUAGCUGGUUUACGGAGGAGCUUCAGGUUAAGCCGAAAGGAGAAACACAACAACCAGAAUCAAGCAAAGCAAGCAGACAUAUCCGAGUUCCUAACAUAUGAAGAAGUCACUGAAUAUCAGCAUCAACUGGGAGAAAAGCAGAGAUUGGUAGUUUUGAUUGGUUCUUUGGGAGCCAGACUAAAUGAGCUCAAACAGAAAGUUGUGUCAGAGAAUCCACAGGAGUAUGGUGUUGCAGUUCCACAUACAACAAGGUCAAAGAAAAGUCAUGAAAAAGAGGGAGUGGAAUACAAUUUUGUCUCUAAGCAAUCAUUUGAGAUAGAUGUACAGCAUAACAAAUUUGUUGAACAUGGAGAAUACAAAGAGAAUCUGUAUGGAACAAGCCUCGAGGCAAUCCAAUCUGUUAUGGCCAAAAAUAAAGUUUGUUUGGUGGAUGUGGUACCCGAAGCAGUAAAGCACCUGAGAACACCAGAGUUUAAACCGUAUGUUAUAUUUGUGAAGCCUCUUGUUCCAGAAAAGAAAAAAAAUGCACCAUCUCCAACUUCAGAAGAAAUCUCAGCCCCACUUGAUGAAGAACAGCAGGACAUUAUUAAUUCAGCAGCAUUUAUCGAAGAGCAGUAUGGCCAUUUAAUUGACACUGUGCUGCUGAAAGAAGACCUCCAGAGUGCCUAUAAUCAGUUGAAAACUCUGCUAGAGAAGCUGAAGGAGGACUCAUUUUGGGUGCCAGUGAGUUGGGUUAGAUCAUAACCUGCUCUCACAUAUCAAAAGGAAAGCCUGUAUAAAAUGUGUUUGUAAAUAUAAAGAUUAUAUGAGGGAAAAUGUCAGCUGCACUCCAAAACCGCCAGCUUGUCUAGAAAGUAACAUGAAAAUGUCAUAUCAGUUAAACUAGACAGACCCAUCAGUCAGACGCUGACAUGGGGUACCUGAACCACAGUUUUUAGUAGUGUCAUUUAAAAUGUUGAGUGCUCAGUGUAGAUUGACUGGUAAAAAUUUAGUGAUUUUUAAGCUUUGUAAAUACUUUGUGAUGUAGAGUGAAACUUCACCUACUGUCUAAGGUUCCAUCCUGCCAAUGGCUAUGGAAACAAGUAUCUUAACUCAGACAAAUGGUCCAAGAGUGUGUAAGGGACAAAGCGGGCCUUGGAGAUUAAAUCUAUGUGGCUGCGAGACUUUUCCAAAUACUUCAGGAAGUUUGGAUAUACCGAAUUUUUUAGUGUAUAGAUAAAAUGCAGAUAUAUUAGGAUUUUGGAAAUCUAUGACAGUUCAUAAUUUGCUAAGUCUGCUAUUGAUAAAUAGUACAUUAUGUACCUAGAAGUAACUGCUUUCCAUUUGCCUGCCACUUAUGAUCUUUCCUAUAUAUCAAAUCCUUUAGCUCCAAAUGUAAGCCCAUACUUAUUUUUGUCUUAACAAUAUGAAGUUAUUGUUAAGCAAAAUCACUGAGACUUCCCACAGAAAAUAUUGUAACAGCAUUUCAUAUAAAGUCACAGCUUUUCUGUCAUGGAAUCCGCUCCCCAUUAUGUGCUCUUCAUGCCAGGCAUAGUGUUGCAGCUCUCAUAGCAGGAUAGCAUCGCCUUCACUGGGUGCUGUGACAGUCUCUCUGUCAGGUACUCUGGCCCUCUGGCUGGGUCAAAAUCUUUUAAUCCACCCUCCUGACUCACAGUUGUCCAAACUAGGCUUCAAAACUGUUUUUAACAGAAUCAAACUUUCUACCCUCUCUGGUGCUCUUCUUCAGCCAGUUUCUUCCCCAGUUAUUCAGGGUCCCUCCCAGGCUGCUCUCUGCCGAGAUAGCUUUCCUAACUCAGGGCUCUGCAGGAACCAUCUUGCUCCCUACCAUCUCUGUCCCCAGUUGGAUCCUUUCAGGGCUUAAACCUGGGUCCUUUUAUACAGCAAUCACCUCAUUCCUCUCAGGUGAAGCGCAUUCUGUACUCAGGGCUGGAUCAGCCCCAGGCUCAGCAAGCCACCCUGUUACAUUUCCCCUCCAAAAAACAAUAAGUAAAAUGUUUCUCUUGUCUAGAUUCAAAACAGUGUUCAAUCACAUUAUUCAUUCAGAGUCUAAUAUUGACCCUAAAUUUCUGAAAACUCCAGUGACUCUGUGUGGUUACUAGACCCCAGCCUAUUCAUGUGAUCUUGCUAUUAUGUAAAGAGACCAUGCAUCUCAGUUUUUUUAAUGAAGUCCUUGGAACUUCUUAUGGAACACAUGAAAUUUCCGGUUUUUCUUUUCAUCUAUCAAAAUGUUUAGGUUUUUAAUAACUGCAGAAUGUUUGUCCAAGAUCAGUUCCACUCUUAAAGUGUUUUGCACACUGCUUCAUUCUGAUCAAGAAGUGAGCAUGUGCUUUGUGACAAUCAUUGGGCAGGGUCAGUGCUUGUCUUAUGACCACAUUGCAACCCAAGUCUAAGACAGAAUCAGUCUGGUCAGUGCAAACCCCCUGCUCUGGCCGCAGGAGAAAGUGCUGGUGGUUCUUCUGCUCCCAUCUUGCUAUUGUCAUUGGAAGGAAGGGGUGGCACUCAGCUCUUCUGUGAUUUUCUGACCCAGGCAGCACAGAGCUAUGAAAAGUGAGUCAAUGCCAAGAUAUUCAGUUUUUUCCUGACCUUAAGGUUACCACAAAAAACAUUUGGGUUUUGAUUUUGAAAAUAUGGUCAGCUUACCCAUAUGGUAAAGGGGAGAGCACUGUGAUCAAAUAAGUCUUGGCAUAGGAGUUGAUUGACUGACCAGUUACUACAAGCAUAUGUUAUUGCAAGUAUAAAGUUUCUCACAUAAGUCAACAAGUCUGUGGUAAAACAAAUGAACCCCAGUAACAUUAUGGAGACCUCAAUGAAUUAUAGAGUGGAGGAGAAUUUCUAGUGCUGUGACUCUGAGGAGAUGGGUCAUUAUUAUAUUUGAAAAGAGUCAUAUCACCUGGAUGGAGCCAGGUAUGCCUUAUAUGACCAUAAGCAGGGCUUUCCACCAUUCUUGCAUGUUAAAGGUUCAGUCCAUUCAGUGGAGCCCAGGCCGGAAUUUGGCAUAUUAACAUUUUAUCAGGUCUUAAUACCAGCUCACUAAAUGCAUAAACAUCUUUUGCAUCUUGUUUCUGUUGUAAAUUUGAAACCAGCAGAAACUAUGCUUCAUGAAGAAAUCCUGCUGUUUUCCAUAUUAUUCAUUUAGUACAUUAUGUUUUAUAGGGAAAAGUAAAAUGACCUGCUAAAGGAUCUUAUAGUCUGGAGGUAGACCAAAAAUACAAACUACCAACAGAAAUGUAGAACUACAAUGUCUGAGACCAGUAAAGAAACAGAAAUGAAAGUCCCCCCACUGGCCCCACUGUGCAUACCACACAAAGAAUGUUGUUAGACAUAACAUGAGAAUUAUUGUUGCUCAAUUCCAUUUCCUAUCACUACAACUACUGAAACUCUCACAACUACAUUUAUAUCCAGACCCAUCUCAGUUCAUGUACUUUAAGACUCCCUUUCACUUCCAGUAGUCAGUGACCCAGAUUGCACAUAUCCAGUUCCUGAAAAUGUUAAAGUCUCUAAAAAGACACUACCCAGCAUGAGCAACAAUCAUCUUCUUACUGAUAAUUUUACUUAGUAAUAAAACUGAAGUUAUGGUUGUGUAUGAUUUGGAGGCAAGGAGGCAGGCUUGGGUUUCCACAUAGAUGUGCCCCCAUCCUAUGUUCCCCUCCCCACCUUCCACCUCUGAAUGGAAAAAAUUAUCAUUUUUACAUCUAUAGGGAAUGUAUUACACUUAUAAUAGCUAUAUAAAUACUUAGCAGAGACAGAGGGACCUGGGACUGGAUGAGCAUGGAAGGGUAGCUGGGGCCUAUGUGGAUAUGCAGAAAAUUCAGGCAAGGAUUUGGGUGGAAGCCAAGAAUCAGAAGUGAGGCUGUCAGGUCCAGCUGACAAAUCUCUCCCCUAGUGGACAUACAGUCUCCAUGGCCAAAGCAAGUUUUGUUUAAAGUCUUCUCCUCUCACUGUCCUCCUUACCUAGUUAGCUUCAACAGAAGGAGGGACAAUGGAAGUCUUACAACAAAAAUUUCCCCAGGAAACCAAGAUUGUGGUUGGAAUUUUCAAAAGUGACUAUGAGGUACAAGUCCCCUUGAAAGUCAGUGGGAGUUGUGUGCCUAAAUCACUUAGGCCAGAGCUAUGCUAGAAAAGGUUUGCUGGUAUAGCUAGAAUGGCAAACUCUAGUUGUAUAGACAAAGCUUAUACUAGGGAAAAGGUGCUUCCUCCUCCCCCCAGUCCCAUGCCAGUAUAACUGUAUUUACAUUAGGUUCUUGGCAAUACAGACAUUGCAAAAAGUUACAGUUCGAACUGACAUUAUACUGGCAAAAGUAUCUAGUAGAGACCUAGCCUUAGAUGUAGAGGAAAACUCCACCUUGUACCCUCUUUGAGGAAGACACUUUCUCAGGCUGCUGGGCCUGCAGUGGCCUGCCAGCGAGAAGCUCUGGACUGCCAGAUUGGUUCCUCUCUGAAAAGCCACAGGUGGUUUGCCAGAGAGAAACAGUGACUCCUCCAUGCCAGAACCACAACCCCUGAGUGUCCAGCCGCUUUGCCUGCAAGUCUCUCCGCACUCUGCCUCACCCACCACAUCCCGGCGGGGGCAGCUCACAGGCAGUGCUGCUGGAUAAGCAUAGCUGGUAGUUGAGGCACCCUCUCUAUUUUAUAAUUGUUGAGCAUAACUCUCCGAAAACAAUUUUAAACUGAAGAGCAAAAUUUCACACCAAGUGACUUUGUGAGACUAUCAGAUGGAAAGGUGGUGCCUUUGUGUAAAAUAAUCAAUGCCUCUGUAGAUUUAUUUCAGAUUACUAACAUCUUUAAUAAAUCCAACUAGACAUGAUAAAAUAUAUACUGUGUAUCACCAUGAACAAGGGUGUAGGUUAGAUGAAACAGCCUUCUCUGUGCUGUAAAAUAAUAUCAUCAGAAAUCUACUCAAUGCAGGAAUUACUAUCAAACCACUUACAAAAUGGUAGCAGUAAAAGUACAACAUAGUUUCAGUUUGCUUUAUUGUCCAGUAAAUCCCAAUAGAGGAAAUAGUUGCUAAAAGAACCAAGACAAAUGGAAAUGUGCAGAUUUUGUAAAAUAUUUAAAAUUACAAUAACUGAAAACAUUUCAUGGUCUAAAUUGGUAUCAAACACUGAGCUACAAUGUCUUUUGCAGUGUGGUUCACGUAAUAAAUGAUCUUUGCCUCCAUUUCUAUCCUGUGCGGGCAUCAAACCCUGUAGUUAAACACAAUUGCCUUUUUAUUAAUUUGGGAGAAUUGUGAUGUGAGUUUUUUAGGUGCAGUUUUGUUUGUAAAUUCAAAAUAAAUUAUGGCAAAAGUA